AUGCAGGUCUACUAUAAAAGGCAGCCCAACUCUCUGCCCUCUCAUCCACUUCUCUCGCCUCCUUCUCCUUGGGAAUCAGACAUGUCCUGCUACGACCAGUGCCAGCCCUGCCAGCCCUGCUCGCCCUGCGGCCCGACCCCGCUGGCCAACAGCUGCAAUGAGCCCUGUGUCAGGCAGUGCCAGAACUCCACCGUCGUCAUCCAGCCCUCCCCCGUGGUGGUGACCCUGCCCGGCCCCAUCCUCAGCUCCUUCCCACAGAACACCGUUGUGGGCUCCUCCACCUCCGCUGCUGUUGGCAGCAUCCUCAGCUGUGAUGGAGUGCCCAUCAACUCCGGGGGCUUUGACCUCUCCUGCAUUACCAGCCGCUACUGUGGCAGCAGAUGUCGACCCUGCUAA